UCUCUCUCUCUCUCUCUCUCUCUAUUCUUUGCACCCCACUCAAGCUACAGCUUACGUGACCGACAUAUAAUGCACAUGUCUGGCCCUUUGACCCGUGCCUCUCUCCUCAACAUUCUCCUCAACCCACUUCUUACCGCAUCCACAUCCACCCGCGCAUCGGCGAUCAGUACGCCACGAUUCCAAUUCCAUCUCCCUGCUCAUCCACACUGCUUCGCUUCUCAGCUUUACCGUCACUAUAACGCCAGUUUCUGCUCAACGAUGUCGGCGACCCCUACCCAAGAGCCCCAGACUACUGGCACCGCCACCCUCUCGGAAAAUUCGGAAAAUCAGGAGCGGAAAGAACACCUCGCCCUUCCAGAUGCAAGCAGUGUCGACUCUGCGACGCGACAGCUCGACGUCAGUGGCGAUGGGACAUCCGUGAGGCUGGACCAUCUCGGCCCGUUGGUCGUCAACCAGGAUGGAACACUAUCGAGAAUCUCCAACUGGGAGCAGAUGACCGAGAUUGAACGGACAAAUACAUUGAGAGUCCUGGGCAAGCGGAACAAAUCGAGGAUGGAUGCUAUCAAAAAGGAACAGAACCAGGGACAGGAAAACUAGGUGGAUUCACCAACUGGCGCCGAGACAAGACACUUGGUCGCGUCGGCUGCUGGAAGCCGAUUCUGCGAAUUGGACGCAUUGCCGGACGGCGCGUCACGUUCAGAACUAUAUUUUGAUUAUAUAUCUCCCGCCUGGAGCAAUAUAUCGGCGUGUGCGUGUAACGCCUCGCUUCAAC